UUACAUAAAGGAAACCAAAUCGCCAUGUUGUGUGUAGUGUAAUAAUUUAGUGAUUUUGUGUAACGUAAACUUCUGAAUUGUAUUGUACUUUAUUAUUUAACUAAUUAUUACUUUUUUAAUAAUAAUUAAUUUUUCUUAACACUAUAAUAAUGAAUCCAGAAUACGAUUAUUUGUUCAAACUGCUUCUUAUCGGAGAUUCAGGCGUUGGAAAAUCUUGUUUAUUAUUACGGUUUGCUGAUGAUACGUACACAGACAGCUAUAUCAGUACAAUUGGCGUUGACUUCAAAAUCAGAACCGUAGAUCUGGAUGGCAAAACGAUAAAAUUACAAAUUUGGGAUACAGCGGGUCAAGAAAGAUUCCGUACUAUUACGUCGAGUUAUUACAGAGGUGCUCAUGGUAUUAUUAUUGUAUACGACUGCACGGAUUUGGAAUCGUUCAAUAAUCUAAAACAGUGGUUAGAAGAAGUCGACCGAUACGCUUGCGAAAACGUUAACAAAUUACUAGUUGGAAACAAAUGCGAUGAAGUUACCAAGAAAGUUGUCGAUUAUACGACCGCCAAGGAAUACGCGGAUCAGUUGAAUAUCCCAUUUUUGGAAACAUCCGCCAAGAACGCAACGAACGUCGAGCAAGCAUUUAUGACGAUGGCUUCGGAAAUUAAAAACCGAGUUGGUCCUCCAUCUUCAGCGGCCGCCACCGAAUCGGCUAAAGUGAAAAUCGAUCAAGGCCGUCCAAUAGAAUCGAAAAAUUCCGGUUGUUGUUAACGACCUGCAGUGAAGAAAAUCGUACGUGCGAGCCGCCGUAUCUAUCCUCAUUUAAAUAAUAUCUGUUUGUUACAUUGAAGGUAUAGUAAAUCGUAAUUAAUUCUUUUUUUUUUCGCUCUUUCUGCCCCUCCCCUUCCCUGUCCUGCUCCCCUGAAAUCGAAAAAGCUCGCAAAUUUUUCGGUAUUCAAAUUGUACCUAUUUAAGUUUGUUCGUUGAUGAUGAUUUUUUUUUUUUAAUAUUUAUAGAGAUAUACAUAUGUAUUUUAUAAAAACACGCACCGUUGUCGUUUAUGUAAUUUUUUCGUUGUGUUUCUCAAUUUUAAGUACCUGCACUUGAUAUAAAAAAAUUAAUUUUCCCAAUCCUAACAAAAUGGGCGAAGAUAAAAAGUCUCGGUAGUCGGUGAUUCAGAACCAAUUUUUUACUGUAGGGGAGUCUUCCUGAGUAAUAUUUCUUAUUAUUGUCAUCGUUGUUCGUGUUGUUGGCGUAUCUCGUACGUGUAAAUUUGUCCGCGUGGUGCGUCUUUAUUAUAUUGUAGUACUUAAUAGAAUUUUACUUCGAACCAUUAUAAAUUUUGUAAAAACGAAUAUUAUAGGUUUGAUGAUAAUUUGUUUUUGUAAACGACGCCUUCGACUUUUUUUAAAUCAGGUGGAGGUAAUCCGUCUACCGAACGAUCCGAUGCAUUUUUCGAUCACUCGUAUCGAAAAAGAGUGAAUCAAUAUUCUUCGUAGUUGAUCGAGAUGGAAAAAUUUUCACUUAAACUGGCCCGAUCGCAUAUCACACUUAGUUAGGAUAACGAUAAGAUUGUCGAAAUAAUGAAUGAAGCAAGUAGUUUGAAUUUUUAAUUCGAUUUUCGUACGAGUUAUUAUUUCGAGACGAUGUAAUUUAGUAGCGAUGAAGUCUAUCGAUAAGAAUAACGAGUAUUUCGAGGUAGCACGUUGGCUAAUAGCAUUUUAGCUCCUCGGUUUCACUUUAGGCCUUCGCUAAAUUCUUUUUUUAAAAGGCCACGUGCAAAUUUCUACUUUUUUUUUUUUGGUAAUCUUACGGAAAUUAUUAUUUUACAAGUAUUUUAUCUAUGAUUUUUUUUUUUCAUUAUCUUAUCUCUGGUUAUGUACUAUAUAAACUGAAUAUAUUAUUUUGAAUUUUUAA